CUAAAUCGAGCUCCGAGUUAUCGCUCAUUUGAUAUUCCUCGGCCCAAGUAAGAUGAGAGAAGCAAACUCCGACAUGUGUGCUGCGUUUAACUGAGCACCUGUUGUAUUUCCCCAGCACUUUGUAGAGUAAUUUUCGAUAAGGCUUAAGUCGCAUGUGUUAUUUUUCAGCAGCCAUUAUGAACGGAAGAAAACUGCGCUGCCAGUUUUGUCGCUUGCUAGGUGAACGUUGCUAAUUGCUAAUGUGUUGCUAACGGCUAACAGUGUGUGAUUUAAGGCGUUAAGGCAGUUUGCAAAUGUAUCUUUAAGAUAUCCGCCUGAGAAAGAAAUGAUAUCUAAUAUUUGCAUAAUUGGGGGGUAAAUGGCGCUGAUAAAUAAAUGUAUAUAUAGUUGUUAAUGUUGACACGCAGUGUAGCUUGCUACCUGAUACUGUUUGAUACCUGUACAGUGUGUACGCUGCUAGCCACGUAAACUGCUCCUGCUUGUGUUGACGUAGCAGGAGCAGCUAGCUCGGCUGUCCUGUGUAGCUAGUUACAUUUUAGUGUGGGUGCUAAGUCAUUGCCAGCCUGUCGAAUAAAAUCAGAACAUCUUAAAGACCGAACUCCACCGAGGACAUGAGCAAUUUUAACUCAGAAUGCUAUAGCUGGACUUAAACGUGUUGCUCGUUGCUUUCCUGGAUGAUGAAGCGGGUCAUCUGGCUGUUAUCAGGAUUAAACAGAAGAAUGAUGAAACUACUUUUUGCCCUCGCUUUGAUCGCUUACAUUGCCUCUGUCUGGGGAACAUUUACGAACAUGAGAUCAAUACAAGAACAUGCGGAGAUGAACAUUGAGCAGAGAAUUGAUGAGGCUGUGGCUCCUCUCCGAGAGAAGAUUCGUGAUCUUGAACAAAGUUUUUCUCAGAAAUACCCACCUGUCAAAUUCCUGUCAGAAAAGGAUCGGAAGAGAAUUUUGAUUACUGGAGGUGCUGGUUUCGUGGGUUCCCACCUGACUGACAAACUGAUGAUGGAUGGCCAUGAGGUAACUGUGGUGGACAACUUCUUCACAGGGAGGAAAAGAAAUGUGGAACACUGGAUUGGCCAUGAAAACUUUGAGCUCAUCAAUCAUGAUGUUGUGGAGCCACUUUAUAUUGAAGUGGACCAAAUCUAUCACCUGGCUUCUCCGGCCUCUCCUCCCAACUACAUGUACAAUCCCAUCAAAACUCUCAAGACCAACACCAUUGGCACUCUUAACAUGCUUGGUCUAGCCAAACGUGUGGGCGCCAGACUUCUCCUGGCUUCUACCUCUGAGGUUUAUGGAGAUCCAGAGGUACACCCGCAAAAUGAGGAGUACUGGGGGCAUGUGAACCCUAUUGGACCUCGAGCUUGCUACGAUGAGGGGAAACGUGUGGCAGAGACAAUGUGUUAUGCCUACAUGAAACAGGAAGGAGUUGAGGUGAGAGUGGCAAGAAUCUUCAACACAUUUGGCUCCCGAAUGCACAUGAACGAUGGACGUGUUGUCAGCAACUUCAUCCUGCAGGCUCUGCAGGGAGAACCUCUCACUGUGUAUGGUACGGGUUCCCAAACAAGGGCGUUUCAGUAUGUAAGUGAUCUGGUAAAUGGUCUGGUUUUGUUGAUGAACAGUAACAUCAGCAGUCCAGUCAAUCUGGGGAACCCAGAGGAACACACCAUAUUGGAGUUUGCUCGUCUCAUCAAAAGUCUUGUUGUGAGCCGGAGUCAGAUCCAGUUCCUUCCGGAGGCUCAAGACGACCCACAGAGGAGAAGACCUGACAUCCGAAAAGCCAAGAUGAUGCUCGGCUGGGAGCCAGUGGUGCCGCUGGAGGAAGGCUUGAACAAAACUAUCCAGUACUUCAGCAGAGAACUUGAGCACCAGGCCAACAACCAAUACAUCCCCAAACCUAAAGCUGCCCGCAUGAAGAAAGGACGGCCCAGACACAACUGAGGUUGGGUUUCACACCACAGACUCUACCACAACACAGAGGGAUGUUAAGACUUCUCAGAGGACCUUUGAAGAACAACUCUCUUAAACACACUGUUGAGUAGAGUACUCUGGGAUAUGUUUUUUUGAGAAGCAGAGACGACUUUUGUGUCUCUUAAAAGAGAUCUGCUGCUGCACUGUUGGGUAAGGAUUUCCUUACCAGAGCUUGCGUGUGGAAUGGACAAGCCUCAAUCAAAAACAGCAGUUUAAGACAAAAAAAUCUGAAACUCAACCUACAUUUUUUUUGUGAAUUUGUGCUUUUGCUAUUUAAAUUGCAGACAUGAGAAUCUCGCAGUGCUUUGUGUUAAUCAGUUUCAUGGUGUUGUGUCUCUGGAGAUCGGCUACCUGCCCACCUAUUUUUUAUUUUUUCCACUGGAUGUUUUGUCCCCUUAUCAGUGGUAUGCCAGCACCCUGUUGAUUGCUCGUGCAGUGCACUGCAGGACUGGACAAAUCCUCCAGAAAAACAGCAUCAUCAUGUGUUUAUCAGGACUUCGUUGUGCUCUACUUUGUGAAAUCUCAUUUCAGGAUGUGCAUUAUCUAUUUCAGGUGAAAAUGCUAUUUUAAUAAAAUAUUUCCAAUA